AUGGUUGACAAGUCUGCGCUGGUUGAGAGGAUGCCAGUUCUCGACGAGGCAACAUACAGUGGAAGGAGAUCUGGUUCUUUGCCAGCAGCUGUUUCAACUUCACAAAUGGCUGCACUUAAUCAUCCAAACAGAGUUUCCAAACCCACCACUGCCCCUCUUGAUCUUCUUGGUGUUGAUCUGUUACCCUCUUCUCCACAAUCAGGCUCAAAUCAAGCUCUAAAGAGUGGCACAGAUGUCCUAUUGGAUCUAUUGUCGAUUGGAACACCUCCAUCUCAAAGUGGCUCAUCUACACCUGACAUAAUAUCCUCCAGUCAAGAUCACAAAACUCCAGUUGGUGCAUUAGAGAGAUUGUCAUCACCUUCUUCCUUACAAGCAUCUUCUCCCUCUGGAGGUUCUCCUGUGAUUGAUUUGUUGGAUGAGUUUACUCCAAACCUGCCAAUGCCUGAAAACAAUGGUUCUGCUUAUCCAUCAGUAGUUGCAUUUGAGAGCAGCUCCUUGAGGAUAAUGUUCAACUUUUCAAAGCCCCCUGGAAACCCACAGACAACACAUAUUGAGGCCAAUUUUACAAAUAAGUCACCUAAUGUAUACACAGAUUUUAUUUUCCAGGCAGCUGUCCCCAAGUUUCUUCAACUGCACUUGGAUCCAGCUACGGGUAAUACUCUUCCUGCUAGCGAUAGUGGGUCAAUUGCACAAAAAUUGCGAGUUACCAACAGUCAACAUGGCAAGAAAUCCCUAGUAAUGCGCAUACGGAUAGCCUAUAGGAUGAAUAACAAAGAUGUAUUGGAGGAAGGACAAAUCAACAACUUUCCUCGUGAUUUGUGA